GUGCUCACACAGAACUAUCCAAGUCCCUGCCGGACAAACAAGCCAAUCAAUACGAUUCGUCACGCUCCAGCAUCCGCUACCAUCGAUUUCGAGACUAUUUGCCACGUGCGUCAGGGUAUGCCCCGGAGUGAUCGUUCGGGCAUCUCUGGUUCCGUCUUAAACUUCUUAACACCCACGAUGCGCCCCAUGUUUUUGAGGUGUCUUCUUUCUUUUUAGUCAUUGUAAUCUUCUAAAACUGGCGGUAUGGCAAGUGUAAACGUUCAAGAGCUGGUUCUGUUGGGCAAAAUCGUCUUCGUUCUUAUCAUAGUACUUGUGCUCUUGUCGUGGAUAGCGGUAGCUCUGCGACUAUGGGUCAGAUUCAAAAUAACGAAAUCUCCUGGUUGGGACGACGCGGCUAUGGUUGUUACUCUGGUGUUGUUUAAUGUUUACUGCGCUAUCAUCUUCGUGAUCACUUUUCGCAGCGCUGAUGGAGAAUUGUUCCACAAAAAGGACCUUCGCGUGAGCCUCAUGUACGUCCAACUAGCCGAAAUCUUCUACAUCUUGACCACCACUACCCUCAAGAUCUCUCUUGGCCUCUUCUUCCUUCGCGUCUUGACCAAGCGAUGGCAGACUGCUAUCUUCCAUGCCAUCCUCGGCAUAUCGGCCAUUUAUGGGUUGUUCUACGUCUCUAUCACCAUACUCCAAUGCGGCAAUCCCGCACGCCUAGCAGACAGCUUCAUGCAAGCGGAUCGCUGUCUCCCAAAAGCCCUCCUCCUCACUAGCGGCUACGUCUACGGCAUCCUGAACAUCGUUGCAGACUGGACCUUCGUCCUGAUCCCCAUCGCGAUCCUCAUCGACAGCGACAUUGACCGUCGAGCCAAGAUCUCCGUCAGUAUCGUCAUGGGUCUCGGCGCGAUUGGCAGCGUAGCCAGCAUCUUCCGCCUCUUCUACCUUGAGGGCCUGCUAAUCGGCGGUGGCGCUCUUUCCGCUGCGUCUGUCAAAGUCACCAUCUGGGCCACCGCCGAGCCAGGUACGGGGAUCAUCGCCGCCUCCGUCGCUAUCUGGCGUCCGCUGUUUCGCAAAAUGGCAGUAGACGUCCGCGACAAAGUCGGAGUGUACCAGUCGCGAAAAGCUUCGCGCGUAGGCCCCAUGCUUGACCCCGGCACGCAGAGCCAAAUGUCACGAUUACUCUCACAUCCGUGAUGGCCGUUUCUCGGAAGACGUCCAUCUACUCGGAGUGCGAGACCUACUCCUUGAAUAUGACAUUAUCCACGCGCAACAUAGCGGGUCGUAACUCGCAGAUGAGGCAUGAGUUCUGUAUGCGUAAUGCCAUAAGUUUAGAUAUACUUUAUAGACGGUCUUAGCGGGGGACGUUCAUUCGUUGAAGACCAAAAGUCUAUACAACGACUAUGAUGACUUUUUGUGUCAUAUGUGCAAUUUCUGUGAACAUCUGUGGUAAGCCUUGGUGCAGUGCGUUUGAAGUCUUCGUGUAUCGUGCUAGGAUGGCCGGUGACGAGGUUCAGGAACAGCGG